AUGAUACUGGGGUAUUUGUUGCUCGAAGAUGGCGUGCACGCUCGACUAUUCCACUACUAUAACACACUCGACCCGAAAGCCCCAAGGCACUACUGGAACAAGGAGUUCACUGGAGAAGCAACCCUCCGUGAGCUGACUGAAUCCUGGUAUCGCUUGGUUCGCUUCGAUUUCGACCGGAGCCUUGACUUCCUGCCACAUUUGCUAGCCCAGGUCGAUGCCACGCUGUGCUGCACACGCCAGGAGUUGAUUGCAAAGGCGAGCUUCAAGAUCCUACAAUGUGACUUGGACGUAUGGCCCGCAGCAGAUGCGAACGGUAUCCCUUCGCCACGGAGCCUGCUACUGAAGAACGUGGAGAAGUUGUUCUCGUUACGGCAUGGCGCCAAGAUCUACGUCGUACUUGAGUCACCAUUGCCGUGGUUCUCAGGGUCGAAAAACCUUCAAGAGCGACAAGCUGGCUUCCUUACUCAAGUUCUGAAUAUUAUUUUCCCGGCGCUGAUACGUUUGCAUCAAGCUGGCUACGAAAUAGCUGUCGCCGUUGAUCCUGGUUCGAAUGUACGGUUCCUUGACGGACAGCAGAUCUGGCGCUGCGAGCUGAACAACCUCAUCACGCCCAACAAUGCCCACUUUUCGCCUGAAGGCUUUGUCGAGAGAUUUUGGAAGGUGUGCUAUCGUUUCGGAAUUAACACUGCGACUGUCGCUGAUAGGAGGCAGGAUGAGGGCAGAAAGCUCAAGUACAGAUGCGUUGCUAGGACUGAAGUUUGA